GCGAGGCGGUGUCGUGCGCCGGUCUCGGCCGGGGAGGGCCGCCGCUGCUGCGCUCAGUUCAGCUGGGGCGAGCGUGUUAUACUGCGGACUGCGAGUGUCGACGUGAGAUCGGCGCGUGCGGGCGCUAGUCGUCGACCACGGGUGACGCGGCCGGCCGCAGAGCAGGGCUGACUGGGUGGCGAGCCGGUGUGCUGGCCACCGAACCCUCUACGGUGCGACGGUCAGCGUGCGCCGCUGACCAGCUGAGUCGCCUGCUGCCGCCACCACAAGGCUGGAGUCAGCACCUCGCUCUCUGUCCGCGGCUGGCAUGCCGACUCCUGGCAAGGAGCUAACCCGGGGGCGGUUCUGAUGGGUGCACCAUGCGACUCGGUCGGCCGGCCCGGACCAUGAUCGGCGUCUGGACGGCGCUGCUCCUCAUCCCGGCCGCCACCGGAUUGGACCUGCAGAAUGCGAAGCACCUGACGGCGCUGGUCGGGCAGGGUGUGGUGCUUGACUGCCCUCUGGACUUCCCCGACGGCCAACCCGUGCCCUACGUCAUCGAGUGGAGGAAACAGGAGCUCCAUCCGCCCCUGUACAUCUGGUACGACGGGUACCCUCCGCACGUGGCCGACAGCUACGAGGGCCGGGUCCGCCGGGUGGACUUGCGGAGCACACAGUACGGCAUGGCCUCGCUCAACAUGACCAACAUCACCGAAAUGGACGCUGGCUGGUACGAGUGUGUCGUCCACUUUCUGGACCGGUCACCGGCCGAGCUGGGAAACGGCACCUGGGUUCACCUGGAUAUACACGCUCCUCCCCGGCUGGUCACCACUCCUCCAAAGAACCUGUUCGUCAACGUCGGAGACUCGGAGAUCCUGGCGUGUGAGGCCAGGGGCACCCCGGAGCCGGUCAUCAGCUGGUACAAGGCAGAUCAGCCAAUCCAGCCCUCGGAGACCGUUGGUGUCAAGAAUGACGGUACUGAACUGAGGAUAACCAGGAUCACCAAGGAGGACAUCGGGGAGUACAUAUGCUACGCAGAGAACAGCGAGGGAAGCGUCCAUUGGACGUCAAAACUCAUCCUCGCAGGCCACGCCGCCAUUGUGACGGGGCCAGCGAACCUGACGCGCAUGGAGGCGACGCGGGCCGUGUUCACGUGCGAGGGCCGCGCCCGGCCGUCCAACUUCAGCCUGCGCUGGCUCCGAGACGACAUCCCCGUGGAGCAGCACAGCGGCCUCGAGAAACGCUUCAAAAUCUCGGGCAACGGCUCGCUGGUGAUCGACCCGGUAGCGGCGGAAGACGCCGGCAUGUUCACCUGCGAGGUCUCCAACGGCAUCGGCAGGCCGGAGCGGGCCUCAGGCUUCCUCGAGGUCCAGUACGCGGCUCACGUGCCGUACACGCCUUCGGUGCAGUAUCUGCCGACCGGGCUGCAGGGCGUUAUACGCUGCCACAUCAAGUCCAACCCUCCCAUCCAGUUUGUCACGUGGUUCCGAAACGGGCGGAAGUACGAGCCGGAGAACGUGCCGGGCGUCACGCUGCUACUCAACGGCUCACUGCUGAUAGAGUCGGUGCGGCACGAGCACCAGGGCACCUAUCGCUGCCGGCCGUUCAACCAGCACGGCUCUAGCGGCGAGUCGGGCGAGAUGCAGGUGGUGGUGCGCGAGCCGCCGCGCUUCGUGCUCCGGCCCAAGAACCUGUAUCAGCGCAAGGUGCACGACGCCAUCCAGAUGCCUUGCGUGGUGGAAGGCUCGCCGCCGCCCCAAGUCAUGUGGAGGAGGCAUGACAACCAGAGCCUUCCCAGCGACCGGGUGUUCAUCAACAAAGGCAACAUCACCAUCAAGUCGCUGCGAAAGUCUGACUUCGGCUACUAUGAGUGUGUGGCGAGAAGCAGUGUGGCGACCAUCGUCACCUCAACACAGCUGGUUGUGGAGGGGACCACGCCGCACGCGCCGCACAACAUCACGACCAACGCCUCCAGCUACGCCAUCACCAUUCAGUGGCUGCCCGGCUACAGCGGCGGUGACAACUUCGACCAGAAGUACGCGGUCUGGUACCAGCAGCACGGCACGGGCAGCUGGAACACGUACGAGGUGCAGCCGCCGGGCGCCUCUCGCGUGACCAUCUACCACCUGCUGCCCGGCACGCUGUACGAGCUGAUGGUGGCCGCCAAGAACGACAUCGGCGACGGCACGUUCUCGGAAAGAGUGGUCGUCAAAACUCUCGAUGUAGGCCAGAGCGCGCUACCCGGGGCCGACCCGGCAGCCUCGCGGAAGGAGGCCGCCGCUGCCGCCGGCCCUAAGCCGGGCCCGCCUCGGGACAUCAAAAUGGAGGACGCGCCCGAUGGCUUCCUGCUCUCCUGGAAGCCGCCGAUCGAGAAGCCGGACGUGGAUGUGCUCUACUACUCCAUCAAGUUCAAACCCAGCGAGGGCAAGUGGAAGCAGCUCGGCGACGAGCAGCUCACUGAAACACAGUAUCUGGUGCGGAGCCUGCAGGGCGGCCGCGACUACGCGUUCCGGGUGUACGCGCACACGUCGACCGGCUUCAGCUCGAGCGCCGAGUUCAAAUACAGCAUGUCGGACCGGAUCCAGAAGAAGGCGAUCACUGCGGCGCUGGUCGGCGGCUUGCUCCUGCUCAUCGUCUCCAUCAUCCUCUCGGUGUGCACCGUCAAAAUAUGCAACAAGCGCAAACGAAGGAAACAAGAGAAAGAGUACAACAUGGUGGCGUGUCGCGUCACGGAGGCGCGCAACGGUCUGCAUAGUCCUGUGCCUUUGAAGAAGUACGUGCGCCGAGUACCGCGUCUGAUUCGGCACGCCAGCCAGCUGCUGUGGCGACCGCGGCCGUCCACCGGCCUCUCCCAGAGUCUGAUCGACGACCUGGACCUGACGCCGCGCCGCGCCAAAACCGUCUACAGCGUCGAGAUGGAGUACAGCCAGCCACUGGCCUGGAUCACCCGCACCCCCGACGGUCGCUUCGUCUCGCAGCCGCAGCCGCUGCGAACGGGAAUCUAUCACGUGGAGCGCGGCCGGCGCUCCCCAGAGCCGACGCCGGUGCCGGCCGGCCGCCGGGUGAGCCACGGCUUCGGCCGCCACCAGAUCCCCGAGCAGGCGCCGGCCGUGUCGCCGCACGUGGCCCUCUCGCCGGACGGUCGCCGGUUCCGCGCCUCGUCGCCCGGCCCGCUGGGAGGCCAGCUGGGCCCGUUCGACUUCUCCGACCUGAGCUCGGUGCAGGUGCCCGGCUCUGUGGAGCGAACGUUCCCCAGCACAGUGCUGUCGUCGCUGUCGCAGCUGCAGACGCCCAGCUUCCGGGAGCGCCAGGCGGGCCCGCAGGAGACGCCGGUGCGCCGGCCUGACCCUCGGCUGCCGGCGCUGCGCACCAUCCACGAGGCGGCGGCGGCCGACGCUGGAGGGCCGCACUACGAAAACUGGCCGGUGGAAGGCCGCUGGCGGGCGCCCGUGGCCGAGCCGCGGCUCCCACGCCUGCUGCAGCCGCGGCUCGCCUUUCGUGAUUCGGGCCAGCACGUGCACAUGGUGGGCCACAUCGAGCCACCCCGAAUCGCCGACAUCCCGCGUCCCCGCCCGCGCCAGCGCGCCCAGCCCGUGUACGCCAACACGGGUCCGUGGCCGUCGCGCGCCGAGCCGCAGACGCCGGUGCAGCGGGCCGCAGCCCCGAGCCACCCCGCACUCGAAGAGUCUCCGGCCAGCUCUCUGGGCCGCACCGACCGGCCGCUGGCCUACACGCGCGACAAGCUACAGGCGGCCAUCGGCCGAGUGCGCUCCCAGCUGGGCCUGCUGCGGCCGGCCAGCGCGCCGGCCCUCUCGCGCUGGCCCGACGACGAGCCGCCGCCGCACGAGAAGUCCAGCUCCAGCGGGCUCGGCUCCGGCAGCAAGAACACGUCGCAGCGCACCCACUCGUCGUCGGGCAUCUCGCAGCAGAUAUCGGACUCGCAACUGGAGCCGCCGCCGCCGCCGCCGCCGCCGGCAGCACUCCCGCCGCCUCACUGGCGUCCGGCGGAGCGCGCCGGCACGCACUUGCCGGCGUACCUGCCGCCGCCCGCCUACCUGGCGCCCCCGCAACCGCUCGACAUCUCCGUUGAUGACCACUACGAGUUCGACCCGGUGCUGACGCCGGGCACGGAGUCGCCGGGCGGCGCGCCGCCAUUGACCCGUUCCCGGCCGCGACCCGUGCCCGAGAUGGAGGCUCGUGUGCAGGCAAUGCGCCAGGAGUUUCAGCAGUACCGGCAGCGGCGCGCCCGGCGGCACCGCUCUGGCGACGAGCCCAUCACCGAGACGGUCUGUUGAAACAGUCCCGGAGCCGCACACUCCCCCCCCCCCCCCCCCCCCUGUGUUCGCUAACGCUACUGCCAUUCAUGCUUUACGUUCGCCAUCAGAGUACAAUCGUGUGUUUGCGUUUUGCGCCGUGCUGUUGCUCGAUAUUUUUUUGCACGGCGGGAGGUUUUGUGGCAUUACAUCUGCGAUUCUUUGGUUCAAAUGUGACAGCUUUAAUGGCGCCGUCGCGGCGGCCGCUAGCGUGUGGCGGGGUGCGGCGUGGACCGGCGGCGGCUGGCGCGCGCGCGCCGCCCGCUCGGUCGCACCUGUUCCUGUGAUAACCGGUCCUCUCGGGCCGACCAACUCUCGGAGCCCCCUCCCCCUCCCCGGCUCCUCGCAGGUUGUACAUAAGCGUGAAGAUGCGAAGAUGCGUGACGUGUCGGCGUCGCCCACGCACUCCGACCCAUGUAUAUAGAGGUGUUUUGUAUUGUUGUACCUAGGCCGCGCAGGCACUUCACUCUCCGUAGUUGUUCAAAACGCCACCAUCCCCGAGAACCUGUGUAGUGCAGUUAAACGGUGCCGGUCGGUAGUCUGACGUGGUCGGAAUGGUCAGCAGUACUGGGCGUUGUCAGCCGUUCGCCAGAGCCCAGUGCCGCCGACUCCUUUUGCGUUGCCUAGCGACACCCACCACGCCCGUCUGUUGAGGCCGCGAUGAUGGAGGGACCGAGAGGGUGUCGUAGCUGGUGAUGCCGAAAAUCUGGUCUGUAGUUACACAUGUCGACUCGCCUAACGUCAUUUGGACCGUGACCAAAUGCGGCGUUGCCGACUACAGAUGGAGCCCCCCCCCCCCCCCCUCCCCGGCCCUCGGUAUGCCCGACACGAGCAGUGACUUCCCAGUCACUGUGCCCACCGUUUAGUGGUAGGAAUGUGCGUGGCGUUGUUGUUGCCGGAAUCUCCUGUUGUUUUGUUGGAGCGAUUCUUGCCGGGCUUCUUAUGUUGUUGAGAAUCGUCGAGCCCGGUGAUGUUGGCUGGCCUGUGGCCCUGUGCACAGGCGUAGGAAAUAUGUUAGAGGGGGCCAAUUCUGCGAAAACAAGCUGAUUUGUGCGCAACGUCCUGGUUUCCACUCGACUUCGACCAUGGUGCGUUGAGCUUUUGAAAAUUUGUGUGAUGACUCGUGUUUUAUAUCAUGCGCCAUUGUUUGUCCAUAAAGUCGUGGGGCUCAAAUACAUUGCAGACCCCCUCACCUGAGAUACUGCCCCCCCCCCCUCGGCCUUAUCUGAGAUACUGUCUCGCCGCCUCCUCCCCCGACUCUCUCUUUGGUUCGCGCUCCAUUGGCUCCGUGGCCCGGUGUGUUACUGUGCGCGAUAUGUUGUGUGUUUUUCCCCUCUGACAUACCUCACGGGCAUGUUUUAGUCACGGGCGUGCUGCUACGACUGAUGCUCAAACCCCGAGAGGGCCCAUCCCCCCGGCGCUCGGCCGCACACCGACUGAUGGCCGCUUCGGCCGCCUAACAGCAUCAUGCUUUUCGCUUCGCAUGACAUGUAUUAUAUACUGUACCACUUGGCAAAUACAGUGUCUUUUGUACAAUG